UUCAUGGAAGGAAGGCUGUAUUACGACACCCGAUGGCUGCAGUGUUUGCACCAAAGUUGUUUCGGUAGUCGAUGAGGCAUUUGCAUGCAACCUGUGUCAACGAUGGGCGCAUUGCCACUGCGAUACCAAAGUCCCCCGACAAUACUAUAAGCUGAUGAAGAGACAACCAUGCAAGUGGUUCUGGUACAUCUGUCCAGAGUGCAGGAAAAUGCCCGCACUCCGCACAGAAAGCCUGAAGGAGAUGCUCUCCGCCACGCAAAAGCUACCAGCAUCCUCGAAUAAAGUAGGGUUAACACCAAAGGAUAACACAGAGAGACCUGGAAACAGACCUAGAGCUCCAGCUGUGGGCACGCCACCUCGCGUGGGGACCAUAUUAGGUCAAGUCUCCAUACCCCCUACCCGGCCCCAGGGGACGUCAAGCGCAUGGCCAAAGACAUCGACCGCCGAAGCCUCUACGAAACCCAUUCCGAACACCCCACACACCGUGACUGAGAAACAACCAGUGGAAUUACUCAAACCCAUUGGGAAGUCGGGCGUGCCACCCACAACGAACCCAGGUCACAGGAGGACCAACUCGAUCAUUUUGUUCAACGUCGAUGUAUCGACAGACUCAUUGUUGGUCGAGAGGGAACAAUUUGACAGCCGAAUGUGGACCGACUACUGUCAGAUGCUGGGACUCCCUCCCCUCCCUGCAACUUUAUGUCGCCUUUCUCGAGGAAGCCAUGCACCCCGAGAUAAGCCACCCCCUUUACGUGUGUCCCUAAAUACCGCCAAAGAGGCUGAAGACACACUCCUCCUCUCGCGACAACCGGACGUUGUUAAUGCCUGUAAAAUUCGGGCCAGGCCUGACAAGCCAUGGUCAAUAAGAGAGGAGGAGAGAAAGUCAGCGGUUGGAAAUCCCAACAGAAACAACACUAUAGUUGUACAUGGGAUUCCAGAAUUGCCAAGUGACAGCUCGGUCAAAGAUCGGUACUUUCACGACGUCCAACAAUGGCAAUGGCUCUCAACCAAAGUUGGUCUCAACAGUAUACCGGCCAACAGCGUCAGUAGACUGCCAAGGCCAGCGCACCUGAAGACCAUACCCAAUCCCAGACUACUUGCCGUCCAGUUCGACUCAUAUGCCUCCCUCACAGACGUUCUGCACGCAUGGUAUAAUGCGAAGGAUCGCAUGGGUGGCUCAAUACGUAUAUGUGAAAGUAAGCCUAGACCCACAAGGCAAGAGGAGAGACGGCAACCACCAAGACCUCUGGAGUCAGUGGUCGUCACACAGGCGCUGACCAGUGAGUUAGAUACAUCAAGUAAAGAAGCCACCACUGCUACAGCCCCCACCCAAGUUAAGAACAAAACACAAAAAAACGGAACAAUGCCAGUCCUAUGAGGACUGGCGAGGCUAAAUUCAACCACGUAAGCGCUCAUCCCGCGAAAAUACACAUCCAGACCUCCCCUCUCAUCAGGCACACUCUAAUAUGUAUGUACAGCAACGUUAGGGGGCUAAUAGGGAAGGUAGCAAAAAUGAGGACGCUGCGUGAACAUCAGCACUACGACAUCAUAUUCAUCACCGAAUCCUGGCUCUCAUCGGACAUCUCCGACGAAGAGAUGCGUGUUGCUGGCAUGGAACUCUUCCGCAGGGACAGGGAACAUAGAGCAGGAGGGGGAGUGGCUAUCUACGUAAACUCCUGUUUAAAGGCAAGGAUGGUUAG